AUCUUGUCCAGGAAAAUGAUUCUUGUAGUGAUUAUGGCAGUCGUGACAAACCAGGGACUGCUUUAGGAAGAACUGUGCCGGAUGGGAAUGUGCUUUUUCCAGAUAUUUUUCACACCGAUCAUCUUUUGUUUUAUGAGCGAUUUAAAGCAUAUCAGGAUUACAUCCUGGCUGACUGCAAAGCUUCUGAGGUGAAAGAAUUCACAGCUGAGUACCUGGAGAAGGUCCUUGAACCAUCUGGAUGGCAGGCAGUCUGGCGCACUAAUGUGUUUGAAGUCCUUGUUGAGGUUGUUGAUGUGGAGUACUCGGCUCUGAAAGCAGUUGUGCACCUCAGCAAGCCUUUCCUGUGCGAGUCACGGGAUAGCACCUUUACCUUGGAGUGCAUGCAGGAACUCUUGGAGCUGAAGGAGCGUCAGAUACCACUGCAGGAGCUGUGGGUUGUGUAUGAUGAGUCAGGAGAGUUUGACCAGACAGCACUAGCUGUAGAGCAUGUCAGGUUCUUUUACCAGUGCAUCUGGAGGACCUGGGACGAAGAGGAGGAGGAUGAUUUUGAUUACUUUGUGCGAUGUGUUGAGCCUCGGUUAAGACUGCAUUAUGACAUCCUUGAACACCGUGUACCUUCUGGGCUUGUAGCUGAUUACCACAACUUGUUGUCUCAAUGUGAAGAACUUUACAGGAAAUUUUUAAAUGUGAGGAACAGCAUAUCAAGCAGUGAUUCGGACUCAGAAGUAGAAAAUGUCUCAAUGGUGGAAGGACUAAAAUUGUAUGAGAAAAUAGAGCACUUAAAACAAAAGCUAAAACUAAUUGAGAAUCCUCUGCUGAGGUACGUGGUGGGUCUGUGGAAGGAGGAGGGCCAG